UCCUGGGAGGAGAAGCGCGGGUUCCUGGCUCUCCGCGCGCUCUGCUUUAAUCAGACCGGUGCAGCCUCGAGCUGGAGUGGCCAGCUGGGCCUGGAGCAAUGCGAGCGGGCCCUAGGGAGCGGCGGCGGCGGCGCGGCGGCCGAAGGAGCCCCGGCCGGGAAGUGUGGACGCGUUUCUCCCGAGGCCCGGCCACCUCGCCCGCUCUAGUCCAGCGGAGCCGGAGCGCCUCGGACCAAUCCCCGGUGAUUAUGCAAGACAGCGGACCAAUCAGCUCCGCCAGCUCAUGAAUAUUUAUGACCUUGGCUGAGUCAAAGCUUUGAAGCGAGUUUGGGGAGCUCGGCAGCAUCAUGCUUAGACUUUUCAAAGAGACAAACUCCAUUUUCUUAUGAAUGGAAAGUGAAAACCCCUGUUCCGCUUAAAUUGGGUUCCUUCCUGUCCUGAGAAACACAGAGACCCCCAAAAGGGAAGCAGAGGAGAGAGAGAGACCCACACCCAGGCCCCGCGAGAAGAGAUGACCAUGACCACCAUGCCAGAAAGUCUCAACAGCCCCGUGUCGGGCAAGGCGGUGUUUAUGGAGUUUGGGCCACCCAACCAGCAAAUGUCUCCUUCUCCCAUGUCCCACGGGCACUACUCCAUGCACUGUUUACACUCGGCGGGCCAUUCGCAGCCCGACGGCGCCUACAGCUCGGCCUCGUCUUUCUCCCGACCGCUGGGCUACCCCUACGUCAACUCGGUCAGCAGCCACGCGUCCAGCCCCUACAUCAGUUCGGUGCAGUCCUACCCGGGCAGCGCCAGCCUCGCCCAGAGCCGCCUGGAGGACCCAGGGGCUGACUCGGAGAAGAGCACGGUGGUGGAAGGCGGUGAAGUGCGCUUCAAUGGCAAGGGGAAAAAGAUCCGCAAACCCAGGACGAUUUAUUCCAGUUUGCAGUUGCAGGCUUUGAACCGGAGGUUCCAGCAAACUCAGUACCUAGCUCUGCCCGAGAGGGCGGAGCUCGCGGCCUCCUUGGGACUCACGCAGACGCAGGUCAAGAUCUGGUUCCAGAACAAGCGUUCCAAGUUCAAGAAACUGAUGAAGCAGGGCGGGGCGGCUCUGGAGGGUAGCGCGCUGGCCAACGGCCGGGCACUGUCUGCCGGCUCCCCGCCAGUGCCUCCCGGUUGGAACCCCAACUCGUCAUCUGGGAAGGGCUCGGGCGGCAGCGCGGGUUCCUACAUCCCCAGCUACACGUCAUGGUACCCCUCGGCGCACCAAGAAGCUAUGCAGCAACCCCAACUCAUGUGAGGUUGCCCGCCCGCACCCUCCCGCCUCCUUCCCGUCUCCCCCCGGCCCGGGCCCCUCCCGCCUCCCGGUCCAUCCACCCUGUCCGCAAGCCCUGGGCCUGCAGAAAGGCCCAGGGCCAAAGAAGAAGGAACAGCGAAGGCAGGACGCCCGCCACUUCCUUGGAGCCCCGCGCGGUCUGGACCGGCGACUUCCUGGCGCCCACGCCCACGCCCUCGCCCCCGCCCCGGCCUACGCCGCGCGGUGACAGCAGACAGCGGCCUCCGAGCGCAGGCACAAGCUCCCGAGACAGCCAGAGCAGCAAGAUGAGCCAGCUGGACCCGAUUCGUCGACCUUCAGCUGUGUGGGACUAUCAGGAAAAAGAAAAAAAAAAAAAACCCACAAAAAACAAAAAACAAUAUAGAAAAAGCAAAAGCUUUUUUUUUUUCUGUUCUGUCUGUCUCUUGUCUCCUUUUGCUCUGUAUCUGUUUGCUGACGAAGUCGAGGUCCUCGUCUGUCCGCUGUCCUCAUUCUGCGGCCUCUGAAAAAAGUCACCAGGUCGGAAGAGGCUCGGGCCGGCAGGCUGCCCAGUUCGGGGUACUGGGACGUUUGGUCCUUUCGGACCUUCUCCUGGGCCUGCCUAACCAUCUGUGUAACUCGCUCCGGAAUUGGGGGAAAUUGGAGGGAGGGGGUUUUAUUUAUUGAGAAAUGGACUUCGCCUGAGGGUGAACGUUGGCCAAUUCGCAGUUCUGUGGAGCACAAGGAGCGCCUGGUCCAAGAGUACCGAUGACUUCAAAUGCACCCGGAAAAACGAAUAGGGAGGACCUGGUGAUUUUUAACUUAUACAGUAACUUUUGUACUUCACUGGUAUGGAGAAGUUGGAACUUAAUGCUUUGCAUUUUUACAUGUUCCGUAUUAUUUUUAAAAGAAAAAAAUAGAGAAAUGAAGCCAACACAAUUUUCUCAACUCGGGAAAAACACUUGGUCGCUUUGCCUGGACAAGAAGGAAGAUCCUAAUUCCCUCCUUGGGGAGAUGGAGAGAGGACCAAUGGGCAGUGAAGAAAAAAAACCAGGCAGGCAUAUACAAGUGCCCUAAAGCCAAUGAGCUUUAAAGAAAGACAAAAGCAGCACUAAUCCCCAGAGGCUUGACCACAGAAAAACGCCAGGUAGCACCCUGGAUGCCCAGGCUCCAAUGCAGGAUCUAAUCGCUGUACAUAUUAUUAUUGUUGUUAAUUAUUAUUGUUAUUAUUAUUGUUCCCGUAAACAUGUUGCACAAGCUUAGCUUUUUUUCCGUUCUGUUGUGUGUGGCUGUAAAAUCUGAUGCUUUGUGAAAUGAGAAUCUUGACAUUUUACUUGUGAAAUUUGGAAAAUGUGAUCAAUUGAAAUCAACUGUGUUUUGUGUUCUCUAUGUCAAAGUUUAGUUUUAUAUUGAGAAUGUUAACUUAUUGCUUUGUA